UUUUUUAUUUUUAUUUUUUAUUUUUUAUUUUUUUAUUUUUUUUUUUUAAAAAAAUUAUUGUUUAACAAAUGUCUCUUGAAUUAACUGAACUUGUUAAAAGACCUGGUGCUGGUAGAGCUGGUAAGCCAGUUCGUGUCAGAGCCAACUUUUUUGAAGUAACUGCAUUCCCUACUCAGAACAUUCAUCAUUAUGAUGUUACUUUUGACCCUGCUGGUAUGCCUGCUGUUUUGUAUCGUAAGAUUUGGAAAGCUUUUGAAGACACUAAUGGCCAAGGUAUUUUAAAUGGCAUUAAGGCCGUUUUUGAUGGUCGUAAGAAUGUUUUCUCUCCUAAGCCCCUUAACUUGGGUGAAGAGCAAGCUAAACAAUUUGAGAUUGAACUUGAACCCGGAAAUUCUAAACGCGCCAGCAAUAACAUCAAGCUUCGUAUUAAGAAAGCUGGUGAAGUUAAUAUGGAAGAACUUCGUCGUUUCUUGAUUGGUCAGUCUGCUUGUACUUCUAACUGUCUUACUGCUAUUAUGGUUCUUGAUGUUCUUAUUCGUCAUCUUCCUUCUAGCCUUCAUACUACCGUCGGUCGUUCCUUCUUUACUCCUGAGGGUAAGCGUCCCCUCCCUAAUGGUGCUGAGGUAUGGCAAGGUUACUAUCAAUCUGCUCGUCCCACUGUUGGCAAGAUGAUGAUUAAUAUUGAUGUUAGCGCUACUGCCUUCUAUGAAUCUGGUCCUUUACCUGAAGUUGUUGCCAAGAUUUUAGGUCGUCGUUCUCUCGAUGAACUUAGACGCGGCAUUCCUGAUCGUGAAUUAACUAAACUUGAAAAGAUUCUUAAAUCUCUUAGAAUCAUGGCUGUUCAUCGUGGUGAUAAAAAACUCAAGUAUAAGAUUACUAAACUUACUCCUUCUUCUGCUGAUAGAACUGCUUUUAAGGAUGAUGCUGGCAAUGAAAUCACUGUUGCUAAUUACUUUGCCAAGCAGUAUAACACUCGUCUUAACUUCCCCUUCUUGCCUUGUGUUGUUGUUAAGAAAGAUAUUUACUUGCCUAUGGAAGUCUGUGAAGUUAUCCCUGGUCAACGUCAUAUGAAGAAGCUUAAUGAAAAGCAAACAGCUGAAAUGAUCAAAUUUACUUGUCAAAAACCUAAUGUUCGUGCUAACAAGAUCAAGCAAGGUCUUAAUCUUUUGCAAUACAGAGAUAACCCAUACAUGCAACAAUUUGGUAUGGCUGUUAAGCCCGAUAUGGCCGUCAUUAAUGCUCGUGUUUUACCUACUCCCAAGAUUUCUUAUAAUGUUUCUUCUCAAGAACCAGAAUUUGCUCCUCAAGGUGGUGCCUGGAACUUGAAAGGUAAGAAGGUUGCUCAUGGUGCUACUCUUGGCUCUUGGUCUGUUGUUAACUUUGCUGGUAAUGUUCCCAUGCCUGCUAUUCAAAGAUUUAUUCGUGAAUUAUGUCAAACUUUUAUUGAUACUGGUUUGAAUGUCAUUAACCGUCAACCUCCUAUUUCUUCCGCUGACCCUCAAGGUAACAUUGAACGUACCUUGAAGGAAGCUUGGUUGAAGGCUGGUAAUGCUGCUAAGGCUAACCCUCAACUUAUCGUUUGUAUUUUGCCUAAUACUGGUGUUCCUUUGUAUGCUGAAAUUAAGAGAAUCUCUGAUACUAUCAUUGGUGUUCCUACUCAAUGUGUUCAAUCUAAGCAUAUUGCUGAUGCUAAGAAGCAAUACUGUGCUAACGUUUGUCUUAAGGUUAAUAUGAAGUUGGGUGGUAUGAACUUGUUCUUGACCCCUCCUUAUAUUCCCUUCAUUGCUCAACGCCCCACUAUUAUUAUUGGUGCUGAUGUCACCCAUCCUGCUCCUGGUGAUAUGAAUCGUCCUUCUAUUGCUGCUCUUUCUGCAUCUAUGGAUGCCCGUGCUUCAAGAUACUCUUCAUCUAUUCGUGUUCAAGCCAAUCGUACUGAAAUUAUUGCUGAUCUUGCUAACAUGAUCAAGGAGGUCCUUAAGAAUUUCUAUCAAUCCUGUGGUCAAAAGCCUGAACGUAUUCUUUUCUAUCGUGAUGGUGUUUCUGAAGGUCAAUUCAAGCAAGUUAUGGACUCUGAAGUUGCUGCCAUUCGUGCUGCUUGUGCUUCAUUAGAUAAGACCUACAAGCCCACUCUUACCUUUGUCGUUGUUCAAAAGCGUCAUCAUGCUCGUUUCUUCCCUAUUGAAAUGCGUGAUGCUGAUCGUACUGGCAACUGUAUGCCUGGUACCGUUGUCGAUACUGAUAUUGUACAUCCAUUUGAAUUCGACUUCUACCUUCAAUCUCAUGCUGGUCUUCAAGGUACUUCACGUCCUACUCACUACCAUGUCCUCUAUGAUGAGAACAAGUUCACUUCUGAUUCACUUCAAGAAUUGACUUAUAACCUCUGUUAUAUUUAUGGUCGUGCCACUCGUGCUGUCUCCAUUGUUCCUGCUGCUUAUUAUGCAGAUUUGAUUGCUGCUCGUGCUCGCUUCCAUCGUCGCGGUGAGAACUGGUCUGAUACUGAUGCUACAUCUGAAUCUCUUGAUUCUGAUGCUCAAAUGGCCAGCUUUGCUGUUGUUAAGCCCGAGCUUCAAAAGGUGAUGUAUUUCAUGUAAAAAGCUCUUCGUUUUUUUUUUCAAUUGUAAACGCUCAGCUAUAUUAUUACAUUGCUUUAAAAAAGAAAUUCAAUUAAUUAAUGGAAAUUAUAUCUAACAAUAUAUUAUUAUACAUAAAAUUUGUGUAUAACUUUAAAUAAUAAACACAUAUAAAACUUA